AUGUCUCACUUUUCAGCUCUUGUCAGAAAACAAAUUCUUAAUAGUUCACUGAUGUUAUGGCAUGAACAAUUAGAAGUGAUCAAAAAGGCUUUAGAAAAAUCUCUCAAAAUAAUUGAUAAUGGAAGUUAUAUUCUAGACAAAUCAAAUUUUAUCAAAUUUAUAACUUUGGAUACUUUAUUGAUAAAUCACUCUUUAUAA